AUGGCAAGAGUUGCCCAUAGAGAGCAACUAGAGAUUACUAUGGAUUAUGCAAAUCUGCCUGAUGUGUCAGCCAGAAGUUGCUCUAAUAAACACAGUCAAGGGGCUGCUGCUGCACCAGGGAGAAAACUAUCCAGACUGGUUGCUGUUAGCUUUGGACUCCUGUGUAUCCUCCAAGCUGCCGUCAACAUCUCCCUGCGUUUUGCUUUCUACAGUAAAACAUCAUGUAUUAAGACAGUGGAGACCGAAGAGCUGAAAAACCUCACUGAUCAAUAUUUUCAACAAGGAUGGGUCUAUUUCCGCCCAAGUUUCUAUUAUAUUUCUUCUAUUGCGAAAUCCUGGAAAGACAGUAGAGACGACUGUUUACAGAGAGGUGCAGACCUGGCAAUUAUCAACACCAAAGAAGAGCAGGAUUUUACAAGAAACUUUAAAAAAGUCAUGUGGAUUGGACUAACUGAGACAGCCAUGAAAGGGACAUGGAAAUGGGUGGAUGGGACACCACUGAGCAAAAGCUACUGGGGACCUGAUGAACCCAAUGGUUUUGAAGGAAAAAAUGAAGACUGUGUCGAAAUAAAUUUUUUUGAUUUCGAAAACAGCUGGAAUGACAUACCAUGUGAAAAUCAAAACUUCUGGAUCUGUGAAAAGAAACUGGCUUCUUAA